GUCACUUCCCUAUUGAAUUUGAUGCCUUUGCGACGUUAUUUUCAAACCCACUGUAAUUCUCAGAGUGUUAUCGUUGCCGCGUGGGACACAGUGUAGGCCUAUCGUCAAGAAGGCAAGAUAAUUAAAGCUAAAUGACAUUUAAGGUUUACAUAGGAGUGAAGGUUGCUGCCUUUGUAACAGUGUUCUGCAAUGUAAACAUCGUUUUAAGUUCAAAUGCGCCAACAACGGCACCACGUCUAAAGAUCAAACUUGUUAGUGACGUCAACGAUGCCCAACAAUUAGGAGAAGACUAUUUUGAGGAUGGCAUAAAAUUUAAACAACAUGGCCGUAUUAUUACCGAGAAGGAACAUGUCAACGGCUCUCAGAAUAUCCACGUCAUAACAUUACAAGAGGACAAUGAAAUCUCAACGCUAAUCGUCGACGGAAACAAGGACAUGGUGGUCGUUAGAAAUGAAGAAACGUGCUAUGUUACCAGGGCGACUGCCACGCUCCAGCUCAUCUAUAAGAUCGUGGACGAGUACCCCGUGGUGCUUCAUUUUGUGGGUAGUCAACAGAUUCCUCUCGAAUAUUUUGUUCUGACAUCCGACGCCAUGAUCUCCAAUCUAUGCUCCGAUCUACCAAUAUGGUGGUCAACUAUUAGCUGCGAACCACACUCUACAUAAAACACAUGCAUGCAUACGUGUCUGAGGGAUUACAUCCCUCAUUUCAAUUCAUGAGUGAUUUAUGCUAUAAGCUGCUCUGUAAUUUGACUGCCAUAAUAUUAAUAAUUAUAUUAUAAUUCCAAUUGGCUUCAAUCUUCUGUCGGUACAAGUAUGAUAUUUGUUUAUUAGCCUCUUGUGUUUAAAGGUCUGACUGGUGAAUGGUGAAUUUUUAUCUCAUAUAUCCACAAGAAGUUGUAAAAAUAAUUAUAUCAAAUAUAAAUAAAAUAUCUGUAAUGCUUUUGUAAUGAAGACAAAUAAAUAAAAUUGUGUCAAAUAAUUAUUAAUUAUUUAUUCUUUAUAGCACGAUCCUCACACCCCACCUCUUUUAUCGGGUGCCCGCCAUGUCUGUAGCUCGGCUAGUUCUUGUUGGAGGUAAGCAUGAGCCCAAAAAAAUACGUAUAUUUAUUUACUUCCUUUUUCUAUGUAUUUGUAAUCCAAUGUUUGAUUUAUUUUGAAUAAAUUAGAGGUGGUUGAAAGUCAUAAUACAGGUACUACACGCAUAUUUGCAUUUUGCUACCCUUCGGUGCCCCAUUUUUGUAUUGGAAUUGGGCACCAGAGGAAUAAAGAUAACCGUUUGAUAAGGGUAGAACUUCCGAGGAAACUGGAACUAUUUUUUCUGACGUAUAUGUGGCUCUGAUUCUAGAUAUAAGAUAAAAAAAAUUAAGAUAAAGAUAAGAUUAACUUAUUCGGCUUAUAUUUUCACC